UCAGUACACGAUAAGCAGUUCUAUUUACUACGCAGUUACACCAUGCAUUGGUCAGCAUGUGAAGCUUGGCUCAUCUGACCAGCAGGCGGUCAUCUGCUCUUCACCAAAUACGGUCAGUGCGCGCUGAGUGUGCGCGAGCCUCCGCCGCCGCUGCUGCUGCCUGGCGCGUGUUUGAUCCUCUCAGAAAGCCAUGCCGUCAGAUCUUGCUAAGAAGAAGGCUGCAAAGAAGAAAGAGGCUGCCAAAGCUCGACAGCGUGUGAAAAAGCAUGAUGACGUGAAUGGAGAAGGAGAGCUUCAAGAUGCCCAAGUGAAUGGUGCAGUAACUAAUGGGGAGACAAAUGGAGAUGUUGCUGCUCUGACUAAGGAGCUGGAUGAGUUUGAGAUGCGUAAGAUGGAGGCGCGGGCAGUGACGGGCGUCUUAGCCUCCCACCCCAACAGCACUGAUGUUCACAUCAGCAGUCUGUCACUCACCUUUCAUGGCCAAGAGUUACUGAGCGACACAAGCCUGGAGCUCAACUCCGGCCGGCGCUACGGUCUCAUUGGCCUCAAUGGCACAGGCAAGUCCAUGCUCCUGUCUGCCAUUGGGCAUCGAGAAGUUCCCAUCCCAGAACACAUAGACAUCUACCACCUGACACGAGAGAUGGCCCCUAGUGAGAAGACAGCGCUGCAGUGUGUAAUGGAAGUUGAUGAAGAGAGGAUAAAACUAGAGAAGGAGGCUGAGCGAUUGGCUCAUGAGGACUCAGAGUGUGAGAAGCUGAUGGAGAUUUAUGAGCGUUUGGAAGAGUUGGAUGCAGACAAAGCUGAAGUUCGAGCCUCACGAAUCCUCUUUGGACUGGGCUUCACACCUGCUAUGCAGCAAAAAAAACUGAAAGAUUUCAGUGGAGGCUGGAGGAUGCGUGUGUCCCUUGCCAGAGCCCUGUUCAUAAAGCCCUUCAUGCUGUUGUUAGAUGAACCUACUAACCACCUGGAUUUGGAUGCCUGUGUGUGGCUGGAAGAAGAACUUAAGUCUUUUAAGCGAAUUCUUGUACUCAUCUCACAUUCUCAAGACUUUCUCAAUGGUGUCUGCACAAACAUCAUUCAUCUCCACCAGAGGAAGCUCAAGUACUACACUGGUAACUACGAUCAGUAUGUGAAGACCAGGGAGGAGCUGGAGGAAAACCAGAUGAAGCGGUACAACUGGGAGCAGGACCAGAUAGCUCAUAUGAAGAACUAUAUUGCCCGUUUUGGUCACGGCUCUGCAAAGCUAGCUCGCCAGGCUCAGAGCAAAGAAAAAACACUGCAGAAAAUGGUGGCCUCUGGCCUAACAGCUCGUGUGGUGAACGACAAGACUUUGUCGUUUUAUUUUCCUCCUUGUGGGAAGAUCCCUCCUCCUGUUAUCAUGGUGCAGAAUGUCAGCUUCAGAUACUCCAGUGACACACAUUUUAUUUAUAAGAAUUUGGAGUUUGGCAUUGACCUGGACACAAGAGUUGCACUUGUGGGUCCCAAUGGGGCAGGCAAGUCCACACUUCUCAAGCUACUGAUGGGAGAGCUUCUCCCCACAGAUGGAAUGAUAAGAAAGCACUCGCAUGUCAAGAUUGGCAGGUAUCACCAGCAUCUGACUGAGCAGCUAGAGCUUGACCUGUCUCCUCUGGAGUACAUGAUGAAGUGCUUCCCAGAAAUCAAAGAGAAAGAGGAGAUGAGGAAGAUCAUUGGGCGCUACGGCCUGACAGGGAAGCAGCAGGUCAGUCCCAUCAGGAACUUAUCAGAUGGCCAGAAGUGUCGGGUUUGUUUUGCCUGGCUUGCGUGGCAGAAUCCGCACAUGCUGUUUCUGGAUGAGCCAACUAAUCACUUGGACAUUGAGACAAUUGAUGCUCUGGCUGAAGCCAUCAGUGAGUUUGAGGGAGGAAUGAUGCUAGUUAGCCACGACUUCAGACUUAUUCAGCAGGUGGCUCAGGAAAUUUGGGUGUGUGAAAAACAGACCAUCACCAAAUGGAACGGGGACAUUUUGGCUUACAAGGAGCACUUGAAAUCCAAAAUUGACAAACAGACUCAUGAUAUAUAAAACCCAUGAGCAGGACAGACAAACUUUUCCACUGUGGAUUGAUUACCCUACUCUAUUUACCAGAUGUGCAAGACUGAAGGAAUUUUAAAUUGGACAAUGAACUCCAAUUUCCCAGCUGUUGAUGUGGAUUGCAUUCCAUUAUACUAUCAUCUAGGAGUGUUGACAACUUCCUCAAGAGCAAUCGUUUAAGCGUUCCCUGGUCUUAUAUCUCUUAAUGUACCUCUCAGAUUUCCCAGCAUCAGCACGUCUGUUUUAUUUAAAACUGUAAAGGCAGUAAUGAUUUAUUGAAAUAAAUAGAUUCAAUUAUGUUGGAGUAUAACAGUAGAACAUCAAAGUGUGCAGAAAACAAUUUUCAGAAUAUCUCACAUCAAAUCAUAACAUACAGUAUUCAUACCAAAAUAAUGAAUGUAGACAUAAAAUAGCAUUUUAAAAGGGGGUCCAAUGCUGUUUCAUGCAUGUUGAGGGGGCAGUCAUGGCCUAAUGGAUAGAGUCAGACUUGUAACCCGAAGGUGUAGGUGGGGGAGUGAAUAACCAGCGCUCUCUCCAUCUUGACUGAGGUGAGACCCUUGAGAAAGGCACCGCACCCCCGUCUGCUCGCCGGCUGCCGCAGCAUUAGCUGUCCACUGUGUGUUCACUGCGGGUGUGUGUUCACGGUGUGUGUGUGCAUGUUUGUUCACUACUCACUGCUGUGUGUGUGCACUUGGAUGGGUUGAAUGCAGAGCACAAAUUCCAAGUAUGGGACACCAUUGGCUUGGGCGGGUGGACAAAAUUUGGGCUGGUUUGGGGCCAGUUAGUCGGUUUUCAAACAUUUUGAAUGUAUAACUGUAUAAGUGAUCAUCAUAAUGGCUAAAUAUAAGUUACCAAUGAAUUUUGACUGUCAUGGUGUGUGCAUGAACGAGUGUGAAAUACCUGCUAUUUAUGUUGCUCUUUCUGAUCACUUACACUGGGCACUUUUUGCAUUUAAAUUGACUAUCCUGACUGUUGACUGUUGACAUGAUGCAUGUGUUUUUUUCGAGGGUAUCGGUUAAUUUAUUGAUUGCCGUUUUGACAGUGUCUGCUUGCAUAUUCUGGCGUUUUUUUUUUGUUGUUGUUGUUGUUGUUGGAGUGGGUGGGAUUUUGUGAGCUUUUGGGCAGGAAAUCGUCCAUCCAAUCUGGCAACACUGCCAUCAACAUGCUUCACUCAGUAGCGCUGCACAGGAAUUGCUCGGGAAAAUGUCUCUAAAGAAUUAUGUUUUUGUUUUUCCGGGGCAGCAAUGGAGUUUCGCAAGUGUAUUUGUUGAUGAACGUUUUAUAAACAAGGCUUAGUUUAACACUGGAUUUGCACAUCAUUUGAUACUGAAAGAUGGAGCAGUCCCAGCUGUAAAAGAUCCCGGUCAUGAUUGAGAACUGCAGAUGAUAAGUGAAACGGCAUCAAAUGUCUGCGUAACAGACACAUGGUUGAAUCCAGCUUCUUAUUUGGAGCUUCUGUGUUUUGUUGGCAAUCGGCGCUCAAGUGCCCGUCACUCUUUAGCUCCGCCCACGGUGUGACUCCAGAAGCUCGGCUGUUUUCGGAGAGAAUUGUAAAGCUGUAUCUUUCUUUUAUAAAUAUGCUAAAACUUUAGGUUACUCAUGUAACCCCGGUUCUCUGAUAACAUGAGUGAGGUAUCUCACUAUGGGAUUUGCCUCGGGCUUGACCAAUCUUGGAAGCACCAAUUACACCACGUCUGUCUGUUGACAGACCAAUCACGACAGUGAUGAGGGAGUCCCGCCUGCCCAAUAUAUCCACUGAAUAACGGUCCCCACCUCAUUCUCAGCAUAUCUCUUUCCCGUGCUACUGCAAGGAGGGAAGUGUGGUCAGAUACCUCUCUCAUGUUAUCAGAGAACCGGGGUUAUUGAGAAACCUAAAGUUCUCUUUCAAACAUUUGUUCGGUAUCUCACUAUGGGAUAUAGACAACUCCCGUAUUGCAGAUAUGCUGUUCGAAGCAGGCAUACCAACCAACUCAGUAAUGUGUGAAAACAAUAACACAAGCCCUCCAUGUAUUAUUCACAGAAUAGGAUUUAGACAUGUGAAAUAAAAACGAGUGUUUGUUUUA